UAUAACAUAAAUGACAAGUCUCUCAGACAGUUCCUUCAAACCCAGGCUUCUUGUGCUCUAAUGCUUCAGAGUGCAUACACCUACCAUUUUUUGGGAGAUCUGGAUUACUUUGUUUUAUUUUCAGAUGAGCGUGGUGUUAACCUACAGUGCUCCCUUUACAAAUAGCACGGUUUCCUUGAAUUCUACGAGUAAUUCAACUUUGAGUGACUCUACAUCUCCAGACAAACCUAUCCUUCGAAAUCUGGAAGACAAUACUCCAGGAAAGUGCUGUACUGAUCCGUCAAAAAAGUGUUGUCCGUACGAUUAUGAUAUCAAUAAAUGUGAAAGUAUAGACAGCAGGAAGUUGUGUGGCUAUAACAAGAACCAGAAGAAACCUGAUAGCGUACCCGUUCACAUAACCAAGAUGGGUCUUGAUUGUCGGGUUGUAAAAGAACGCGUUGAGUGUGGAUACGAUAAAGGACCUGACGUUGUAGAUCUGGAAUCUAAAACAGAACCUAAAAAGUCUUAGUAACUGUAUAAGUAGGUAGUCAUUAUAGUCAGCGCUGUAACCAAAAAAUGUAAAAAUCCACAUGGUACUGUACAAUAUUAUAACCAUUAACAACAAUUUUAGUUAGAUUUAGUACCUAAUUUGUAGGCUCUCAUACUCUUUCAAACUGAACUUGAACUUUACCGGCUUGCCGCGGCAAGUGUAAGCGUAUCAAUUAAAUAAUUAUCAUUUAUUUAUACGAAUAACCAUGUAAGACAUUGAUUAUUUUAUUUAUAUACUAAGAGCUAUAAAUACGACAAUGUUUUGUAGACAUGCACAAUUAAACAAGUUAUAAUGGUAUGCGUAUAAUAAGAGUUUUAUAACCACUUUUUUCCAGAAAAUUAAGUGUAUUUCUUAUCAAUAGUGAGUUGGCGAGACAUGAAAGGCCGCCAUAUCACUAUGUUUAUGAUCAGUAUGACUCUUGCAUAUAGUGCUCCAACCAGGAACUUUAUGGCUACCGUGAACGUCUCUACGACCUACUCUCCUACAUCUACUUCGGACUUUCCUCAAGGACACACACCAGACAAACGUAAUCUUCGCAGUGAAACAGACAACACGCCUGGAAGAUGCUGUUCCUCUGACUUAUCAAAGAAGUGCUGUCCUUAUGAUUACGAUGACAACAAAUGUGGGAUCUCUGACAACAGGACAUUGUGUGGUUACAAUAAAAAUCAGAAAAAACCUGUAAUCAUUAAAACAACUACAGUUAAGUAUGGUCUUAUUUGUUGGCUUGUAAAUGAUCGCUUAGAGUGUGGAUAUGCCAAAGGAUCUCCUGUUACUGACCUGUCUACACAAGAACUCAUGACAAGAAAUGUAAAAAUGUCUACGACUGUAACUUCAGAAAAGAUUACCUCUAAAGGUACGAUAAAAACGAGCACGGAAACAACAACAAAAACAACGAAAAAAAGCAUUACUACGACUAAACUUACAACUGAGACUCCAGAAAAAACCACCAGCACCACGACUAAAUCCAAAAUUAAGACUACACAACAAAUCACUGCUUCAGGAAAAACCGCCGUUGAAGAACCCACUUCUCAAACUGGUAUCAAUAUUCCAGGGAACUGUUGUUCUUCUAACUCUUCAAUAAGUUGCUGCCCCUACGACUAUGAUGAUAGCAAAUGUGACAUUUCUGACAAUAGGACGUUGUGUGGUUAUAAUAAGAACCAGAAAAAGCCGGACGCUAAUGAAGCGACCAAGCAAUUUACUAAGCAAGGGUUAAAUUGUCAACACAGGGACGAGCGAGUGGAGUGUGAAUAUAAUAAACGAUUUGACAGUACCGAUAGUUUUACUCCUUCAACAAAACCACACGUAAAACAGCGUCUAGGCUUAAAGAUACGCACGAAACAUAAACUAAUUCGAGAAAUGACUUCAAGAGUUACAGAAGCGAGUACCACGACAGCUACGAAAGAAAUUAAAACAAGAACAACACAACCCGUAAAGCCAAAGUUGACAACAGGACGCCGCACUACCAUUGAAUGUGUGGAGAUUCACUCGAAGAAGGCUUGUCGCGUUAUUCCUAUUGAUGAAGAAUUGAAUUAUGACUAAACCUGUACCUCUACCAGUGAAAGAAAUGUUUGUGAAUUCGCAUACAUUUUACACACACCAGUACCUGCCUAAUUACUUACCUAGUCUAUGUGGUAGAACGGUAUGUAGGACUUGUAGGAGUUCUAUAUAGAAGUUCUAAGACAAUCAUGUGGAAAUUUGUUUAAUAAAAAAACAGGUUUUGAAAAAAGUAAUGAUUAAAUAAUUUAUUUUCGUAGGUACAACUUUUUGUCGUAGUGACAUUAAUAUCAAUCGUCACAUAUAAUGUCUACAUGUUUAUCCUUUGAAGUGGAAAGUAGUAAGAUAUAUAUUUUAAAACGAUUAAAGGGUCUUAAACACCAUUUUUUGAUAGUAAUAUUUUUGAAAAAAAGCGCUACGAAACAAAAAAAAAACUCAUUCAGGUAAAGCUUAAUAAAAAAACUUUCAAUGAAAACUAUAGCGAACAGGAUCAGUUAAGACGUUUUUGAGUUAUCGCAAAAAGCCUUCUCAGUAAAAGACGUAUGAAGUGCUGCGGACUCCCUUUUAGUUGAUAGGUACUCACUAAUAGCCCCCGUUAAAGGCAGCCUAUUGUGACGAACGGGUAACUACGGAACCCUACACUGAGCAUAGUCCGACAUGCUCGUGGCCGUUUUUUUUAUAUUUACCUAUUCAUUACGUGUACGUCCCAGAAAAGAGUUAGGAAAGAAGCUAUAUAC